AUGGCUGAAGAAGCAAAAAAGAUAAGGACCUCAGCUAAAGAACGGUUUACAAGAAAGCAGAACGAAUUCCUAGAGUCUAUUAAGGAUAACAAAGGUAUGGAUACUGUAAAGAGAACCUUCGCUGAACUCAAUGAAGCCUGGAAUACAGUUGAAGGUAAGCAUGACAUUUAUACAAUACACUUAACAGAGGAAGAAGUUGAACAAAGUGAAUCAUGGAUCACUGAACUUCAAGAACUGUACAGUGAGGCAGCAGACCUACAAGUUCAAUACAUGAACGAGCAGAUUCAAAUCGAGAAGAAGCGCAGUGAAGAAAUAAAUCGACAAGAAGUGAUCAGAAUGGAACAAGAAAGAUUUCAAAGUUUGAUAGAACAAAUAAACAAGAAAAAGAAAUCAAUGGAAACAGUCCUUGAAACUCUUACAAAGCAUGCACAAAGUGUAAUGGAAUCACAAAGUAACGGUCAAGACGCAACACCAGCUUUGUGCAAGACGUCUAAAGAAUUAGAUACUGCGCUAACAAACUGCAAUGAAUUACACAAUAAAGCGCUUGAGCUAGUAGAUAGUAAGCACGCAGAAUACGAGAUCGAAUGGAUUCGUAACAUGCACGUGCACUACAAUGAAGUCAGUGGAAGGAUUGAAUCAUUUAUCGCUAAGAAAAUAGAUCACGACAGCGAACGAACACAGAAGCCACUUCAACUAGAAAAGGUCAAGAUGCCAUUAUUUACAGGAGAAAUAAGAGAUUAUCCUCGAUUUAAAAUGGACUUUGAGAAACAAGUCAUGCCGACAAUUAAU